AUGGCCGAGGCGACAUUCGGCGGCCAUCCCCGCUCAGAGGAGGCCUCGGAGAGCGGCGAGGAAACUUCUGGAAGCGGCGCCGAAUCGUCGCCGUCGUCCUCCUCUUCCUCCUCCUCCUCCUCCUCGGAGGGACUGUCGCGGCCCUUCUCGGUCGCUCGGUCGCCGCCGCCGCCUCAGGCUCUGCCGCAGAAGCCCGCGAACCCCGCGGCCCGCGAGCGGGUGGCCGGCCGCCUGCAGGACAGCAAGAGCCUGGACGGCAUCAGCGAGGUGUUCGGCGGCGUCCGGGCCCGCGACAGCAAGUCCGGGGAAGGGAGGAGGGCGACCAUUUCCAGUGCUUUGGAGCUGGAGGGUUCGGUCAGCCACGACGGGGACCUCACCCACUUUGUAGCCAACAACUUGCAGCACAAGAUCAAGAUGAGUUCGAGGCAGAGCCUGGAGUCUGGAAGCGGUGUAAGAACUAGAAGUAUGCAGAGGUUAAAAUCAGACAUACCUCCUAUUGACCCUGCGGUGCUAAUAGAUCUUGAGAAAGACGCACAGGAUGUAGCACAGAAAGUCGAUCUGAUGAUGAAAAGCCUAAAUGCCACGGUCCAGAAUAUGACAGCACUAAGCGUGGGCUACAUUCAAACAUAUCGUGAUUCCGUGGACAGUUUAGGAGAAUCGGUGGAUAUGAGUAUAAAGGGUAUGUAUACACUAAUGGCCCGCUGUGAAGAGCUAGACAGAUCCAUGCAACCCAUUCAUGCUCUGGCUAAACAGAUCCGUGAGGUGAAACGAACUCUGGAAAUGUUCGAAACUCUUUGUAAAUAGUUCAGUGGCUCCAUCAAUAUAAUAUAAUUGAGCAUUUAUUUUUUUGCUGAAAUAUUUUUGCCAAGUGUAAAGUAUCAAGAACUGAUGCACUGAAAUUAUAAUUCAAGACUGAAGACAAACAACAGAGAAAGAAGCUAUUAAAUCCCUGCAAUCAACAGUUAAUACUUAAUCCUGUAGUGAAACAUGCAAAUCCUUCCAAGACUACUACUCUGGUAAAUCAAAGUUCAUAUCGCUGGCUUAACUUACUUUAGAAGCACUUUAAGGUUCGCAUUUUAACCAGAAAGAAAAUUACAUAUCAGUUAUGCAAGUAUUCCUAAGUUCAUUCUCUUUCUUCCCUCCCCACCGCCUUCAGAACCUCUUCUCCCAUCCCACGUAUGGUACUGAUAUUAAGGUUACCUGAUCAAGGUAUUUGGGCUUAAACUACACACAUAGUUUAAAAUGAGUCAGAAAGUUGGCAAUGGCGGCAGCAGGCUAUUUUUCUGUAAGCCUUGCUGAAUAGUGCAAACACAAGUACUGUGAAACUGAACAUUUGUGCUUUCCAGUAGUUUAGAAUUUUGGUACUGGGGGCAUCUUUGCAUUAACUUGUACUGUAAAAUACUUCGGCUGAAAGAGACAUGUAGAAUUUCCAUUCAAAACAAUAGUAUAGGAUGUUUGUUGGGGUAGUGACGCAUUGAAGUUUGAUCAAAUCCAUUUACAGUGAGAGAAUUGCUUUGGAAAUGCAAUCCUAUGUAUUUAUUUAAAAUACAAGUUUUACAAAGACAUAAGCGAACAAACUUUAGAAUGUGAAGAAGGUAGGUGAUCGGUAAAGGUAAACCAUGUACAUGUCAAACUGAAGUGAGAUGAAAUUUGUUUUGUAACUCUUUGAUACCAGAAAAUACAGAGCUUUGAAUUCAUCAUAAGACAGUGACUGUGUUCUAGGUAUGUGGCUAAUGUGGCCACCUUUUCCAAAUCAUGUUAGCUGUUUUAUGAAGCAGCCAAAUUAAAAUUUGUACCUUCAAGUCUGGACAUCUGUGUAUUCAGGGCCAUUCGAAUGGAUUCCAUGGCAAACUAAACGUCCAUUGCCUGCAAAACCGUGGUACUGCAGAUCUCCUGCAAAGAAUUUGUGAAUGAUCACAAAAGUGAAAUGAAAAACAAUAAUGCUUCUCUGUGUCCAUGUUAUUUAAAACUGGACAUUGUUUCUGCCAUUUAAGAGAAGGUAAGUAAAUGGUUCUAGAUGUUGCUUUUGUUGUAAUUAUGUUCAUAUGUAAUAAUGUCCCCUGACAGACUCACAGAAGUGAUAAAGGGGGUUCGGUGGAUGCAAUUUAUAAGGAUUUUCAGAUGACAUUUGAUAAAGACCCGGGAAGGUGAAAUAACCUGACAUUUUAGAACCAACAUGGUUUUAGAACUGAUGUCAUUUCUUUACGAUGGAAUGUAAAGAAUGUUCUGCCCCAGAAAGCUGUUGAAUGGGAUCAACAGAGGCGUUGAAAGGGGAGAUGGAUCUCUACUGAAUUUAUGCAAAAGCUGCUUCUGACUGUCUGGAAAUGGUCCAACUAAUGGUGGCUAACAGAUGUGCUUCAAGGGUGAUGCAACUGGAUUGUGCCCUGUAAAUACAUGAGAUCAAGAAGGGAGAAGAAUCUGUCUAGGGCCAAGAAUUUCAAAAUGUUCAGAAUGAGAAUAGAUCAUUCCUGUAACAUGACAUGAGAGCAUCCUGGCAGCCAAAGUGCUGGACCCAGUGAGAAUUCUGCCCUAUAAGUCAACUAUAAUUUUUGAAGGUUUAUUUCACUUCUAUUGUUAUGAGGAAGUACUUUGGACAGAUACUUUUUUCUUUAAGUCUUGUUAUUUACGAGCCAUCCUAAAUUUUACCUAUUGACCUUUCAAAGUAAGCUUCGCGAACAAGAGACCCAGUAAAUAUAUUAAAUAUUGAUUAUCCAGCCUAAGAAUUACGGAGCCGCACGCAGCCGCGCAAUCUUUCUCUGCAGGAAGAGAGUACGUCCAAUUAUUUCGCAGAAAAUAGCUGCAAAAUUGAUCAAAUAUUGCAUUUAUAGAGCGCUUUUCACGGCGGGAGGACGUCCAAAGCACCAAAACUCCUUGUGUAAUGCUGGAACAUGGUGCACUACUCCCAUAAGAUUUGUUCUUUGCUUUUUAACACUGGGUUUCAGCCAGGACAUAUUUAGAAAUUAGUGCAAAUAAAUCUAUGUAGCGACUAUGUACAACAUUUGGUAACUACUGUAUUAGCAGAUAUGUUCAAGAGCUAAUAGACAAUGUGUUCAGUGAGGAAAUCUUUUGAUUCCAGUCAUUGGAAUGCCUUCACGUUAAAUCCCUCAGCUGAAAUAAGCAACUCACUCCUGGAUUUUUCAGAGAAAAUAACAGGAUGUUUCCACAGAGCCUCACGUUGCUUAAAAUUUGAACUGCUUCACACAAUGGAGUUUGAGCAUAUGGAAUACACCUGCCCCAGAAGACCACAGAGGCUGAAUUACAUGAGUAACUCACAGAGCAGAUGGAUAAAUAGUUGAGAUUGAAUGUGAAGAACUAUGGUACUGUAUUGUAAAAACAAACUUUUAUCCACUGUUCCCCCAAUUAUGUUAAUUUGCCAAAUGAGCCACUAGAGGGUGUGCGCUAAAUGGAAGUUGGGUGCUUUUGCCAACGUAAUCCCGUUGCUAUUGGGUAAGUCUAAGCAGUUGCUUGAAGAACAGCAUCACCGGAGGCCUGGAAAAAUGAUGAGCACUUCUGAAGAGGUAAAAAGCGGGGGAAGGAGGCAUUUUGAAAGGGAGAUUGUGUGUGCAAAUAAAGCUCGAUCUUAAGAAUU